AUGGCGGCGCUGAGCGGCGGCGGCGGCGCGGAGCAGGGCCCGGCGCUGUUCAACGGGGACAUGGAUCCCGAGGCGGGCGCCGGCGCUGCGGCCUCGUCGGCCGCCGACCCUGCCAUCCCCGAGGAGGUGUGGAACAUCAAGCAGAUGAUCCAGUUGACACAGGAGCACAUAGAGGCCCUGCUGGACAAGUUUGGGGGGGAGCACAACCCACCAUCAAUCUAUCUGGAGGCCUAUGAAGAAUACACCAGCAAGCUAGAUGCCCUCCAACAAAGAGAACAGCAGCUAUUGGAAUCCCUGGGGAACGGAACUGAUUUUUCUGUUUCUAGCUCUGCAUCAACGGACACCGUUACAUCUUCUUCCUCCUCUAGCCUUUCAGUGCUACCUUCAUCUCUUUCAGUUUUUCAAAAUCCCACAGAUGUGUCACGGACCAACCCCAAGUCACCACAAAAACCUAUCGUUAGAGUCUUCCUGCCCAACAAACAGAGAACAGUGGUACCUGCACGGUGUGGUGUCACAGUCCGGGACAGCCUGAAGAAGGCGCUCAUGAUGAGAGGUCUGAUCCCAGAGUGCUGUGCCGUUUACAGAAUUCAAGAUGGAGAGAAGAAACCGAUUGGCUGGGACACUGAUAUUUCCUGGCUGACUGGCGAGGAGUUACAUGUAGAAGUGUUGGAGAAUGUUCCACUCACAACACACAACUUUGUACGGAAAACUUUUUUCACCUUAGCAUUUUGUGACUUUUGUCGAAAGCUGCUUUUCCAAGGUUUCCGCUGUCAGACAUGUGGUUACAAGUUUCACCAGCGUUGUAGUACAGAGGUUCCGCUGAUGUGCGUUAAUUACGACCAACUGGAUUUGCUGUUUGUCUCCAAGUUCUUUGAACACCACCCAAUCCCGCAGGAGGAGGCCUCCUUAGCAGAGACAGCACUGCCCGGAUCGUCCCCUCCCGCACCCCCCUCAGACGCUCGUGGGCCCCAAAUUCUCACCAGUCCGUCUCCUUCAAAAUCCAUUCCAAUUCCACAGCCCUUCCGACCAGCAGAUGAAGAUCAUCGAAAUCAGUUUGGGCAGCGAGACCGGUCCUCGUCGGCCCCCAAUGUGCAUAUAAACACAAUAGAGCCUGUCAAUAUUGAUGACUUGAUUAGAGACCAAGGGUUUCGUGGUGAUGCAGCCCCUUUGAACCAGCUGACGCGCUGUCUUCGGAAAUACCAAUCCCGGACUCCCAGUCCCCUCCUCCAUUCUGUCCCCAGUGAAAUAGUGUUUGAUUUUGAGCCUGGCCCAGUGUUCCGAGGAUCAACCACAGGUCUGUCUGCGACCCCUCCCGCAUCACUCCCUGGCUCGCUCACUAAUGUGAAAGCCUUACAGAAAUCUCCUGGACCUCAGCGGGAAAGGAAGUCCUCGUCAUCCUCCGAAGACAGGAAUCGAAUGAAAACGCUUGGUAGGCGGGAUUCAAGUGACGACUGGGAGAUUCCUGAUGGGCAGAUCACAGUUGGACAGAGAAUCGGAUCUGGGUCAUUUGGAACCGUCUACAAGGGCAAGUGGCAUGGUGAUGUGGCAGUGAAGAUGUUGAAUGUGACAGCACCCACACCUCAGCAGCUACAGGCCUUCAAAAAUGAAGUAGGAGUCCUCAGGAAAACACGACAUGUGAAUAUCCUACUCUUCAUGGGCUACUCAACAAAGCCACAGCUCGCCAUCGUCACCCAGUGGUGUGAGGGCUCCAGCUUGUAUCACCAUCUCCACAUCAUUGAGACCAAAUUUGAGAUGAUCAAACUCAUAGACAUUGCACGACAGACUGCACAGGGCAUGGAUUACUUACACGCCAAGUCAAUCAUCCACAGAGACCUCAAGAGUAAUAAUAUAUUUCUUCAUGAAGACCUCACAGUAAAAAUAGGUGAUUUUGGCCUAGCCACAGUGAAAUCUCGAUGGAGUGGGUCCCAUCAGUUUGAACAGUUGUCUGGAUCCAUUUUGUGGAUGGCACCGGAAGUAAUCAGAAUGCAAGAUAAGAACCCCUAUAGCUUUCAGUCAGAUGUGUAUGCAUUUGGGAUUGUCCUGUAUGAACUGAUGACUGGACAGUUACCUUAUUCAAACAUCAACAACAGGGACCAGAUAAUUUUUAUGGUGGGACGAGGAUACCUGUCUCCAGAUCUCAGUAAGGUACGGAGUAACUGUCCAAAAGCCAUGAAGAGAUUAAUGGCAGAGUGCCUGAAAAAGAAACGAGACGAGAGACCACUCUUUCCCCAAAUUCUUGCCUCUAUUGAGCUGCUGGCCCGCUCAUUGCCAAAAAUUCACCGCAGUGCAUCCGAACCCUCCUUGAAUCGGGCCGGCUUCCAAACAGAGGAUUUUAGUCUGUAUGCUUGUGCUUCUCCAAAAACGCCCAUCCAGGCAGGGGGCUACGGAGAAUUUGCAGCCUUCAAGUAGCCACACCAUCAUGGCAGCAUCUGCUCUUAUUUCUUGAGUCUUGUGUUCGUACAGUUUGUUAACAUCAAAACAGUUCUGUUCCUCAGAUCUUUUUUUAAAGAUAAAAAAUGUUCAAUGCAUAAGCUAGUGUGGAACAGAAUGGAAUUUCCCAUCCAACAAAAGAGGGAAGAAUGCUUUAGGAACGAGAAUUCUCUGCUGCCAGUGUUUCUUCUUCAACACAAACACCACGUGCACACGAGUCUGCCCGCUCCCAGGAAGAAAGAGGAGAGACCCUGACCUCUGACCUUUUGAUGGUCAGGCAUGAUGGAAAGGACCUGCUGCUGCAGCUUGGGAGAUUGGCUCUGGAAGGUCUGCCAGCCCACCCUGCCCUUCUAACCACCAGAUCUGUGUGUGGCUGAUCACCUGAUGGGGCGGUUCAGUCACCAAGCCUUGUUCUCUGUCCUGUUCUGGGAGUUUGUGGUGCGCUCUUUCCCCACCCCCACUGGUGAAUUUCUGAGGGAUGGAACAAAAUGCAGCAUGCCCUUUCUGUGAGGGGCCUUUCCCCGGGGCCGUUUCUGUGAGGAGCUUUUCCCCGGGGACCCUUUCUGUAAGGAGCCUUUCCCAGGGGGCCCUUUCUGUGAGGGGCCUUUCCCCGAGGGGGCCUUUCCCUGAGGAAACUUUCCCCUGAUGGUCCCUUUCCCUCAGGAGGCCUUUCCCUGAGGGGCCUUUCAAGCUUUGACACCGUUUAUCAACAGGAAGCUACUUCACUGGGAUGGAGGGUGAGAGAGAAGAGGAGGUACUGUGGGGUCUGGAGGAAAGGGGAAUGCUGCAUCUUUUUCCUUACCUGUGGGUUUCUGGCCUCUGUUUCCUCACUCAUGAGGGUGUCUGCUGGCCAUGCAGGCUGGGGAGUCUGUCACACACGCCGCCUUUUCUCACUGGGUCCAGCAAUGAGGACAAGCAUUUGGGGAUUUCCCCUCCACAAUGUAGCAAGUUCUCAGGAAAAUACAGUUUAUAUCUUCCUCCUCAGCUCUUCCAGUCAGUCACCAAGCACUCCUGUGGCUCCUUUGCCUAGGACGCAAAAUGCCAUGGCUGUAUCUCUUCGGAGGCCUACAAAACUGCUCAGUGACAGUUUUGAAUGUGAGAAAUUUAUGUAGUUUAAAUGUCAGGUACAGGUUUUAAUUUCUGAGUUUCUUCUAUUUAUAUUUUUACUGAAAGAAAAUAAUUUUCAGAUUUAAUUGAAUUGGAAUAAAUACUUCCCAUCAGAAUUAUAUAUCCUGCAAAUUGUAUUUUUGUUACAUUAGCAACUUUUAAAGAAAAAUCGUUAUCCUUUUCUCUACCUAAAUAUGGGGAGUCUUAGCAUAAUGACAAAUAUUUAUAAUUUUUAAAUCAAUGGUACUUGCUGGAUCCACACUAACAUCUUUACUAAUAUCUCAUCAUUUCUUCCAGCUGACUCUCCCGCAGUCCGCCCUGCAUCCUCUUUCCAGCCCUCUGUCUAGAAUGUGCACCCUAAAAUAAAAAUGGUAGUGUCUCCAGUAACUCUCCUUCCUUUUUCCCAAGCCUGGUCUUCAAAAGGUGAAUGAUUCGGCAGCUGAGUUCCUCAGGCAGAGAAUGGAGACAUUUUAGGGCUGUUGGGACUGAGGAAGAAUGUGUGAAGCCUGACAUCAGUUAUUUUUCUGGAAAGAGCUGCUGUGGUGUUAAGAACCUCAUUCUUUCUUACCUUUGCACAAGUGGGAAAUGAAACCUGGUCAGGCUUCCCUUGGCCUGUACCUGUACUGCAGUGUAGUGUAAAUCACAGGAGGAGUAAGCGAAGUGACUCUGGACAUGUUGGCGGCAACUUCCUAUCCCUUCUCUGGAGUCUAGAAUCACUUAUCAGGAUAUAGGGACAUCAAUUAAAUCAGGUGUCUUAGCUCAGCCAAGGACCUGAGAGAAAUUAGACAGGAACUAAAAUAAAUCAGAGAACUAAUUCAUUAUUUUAAAACUUCAAGUUAUAACUCCUGGCCCUAUCUACAUUUCAGCCUACUGAAGCUCACCACCAUUAGAUGGCUUUUGCUAAAAUCCUGAAUUCAGAGGAAGGCCUGCUGAAAAUCUCAUGGGCUUGUAAAGUUUGUCCCAAUAAAAUGGAAAAUUAUCUGAAGUUCUUCGUCAGUUUGAAAGCCGUGCGUUCUGCGGUGUUCAGGAGCAGAGCAAGGUCUUACAGUAUUGAGGGUCAUGGAGGCGGCAGUGGCCAGGCUGACCAAGGACGGCUGGGGCCAGGGUGCUGCCCCUCCUGAAAGCUGCACUGCUUUGCUUUGAAAUACUUUUGACAUGGUCAUGGUUCCCCAACUGGGUGAAGAAACCUAGGCCUGACCAAAGGGGUGUCCUCUGGAUUCAACCAAGCAGGUGACCUGCCAGAGGAGUGAGGCCGAGAGACAGGCAGUACUUAGGGAGGUAGCUGAGAAUUUGGAUUUUCAAAACAAAAUUCAGAGCGACACACUUCCUUCCCUUUCCUUUCGGAAUAGGUUGCUAUCUCAUUUGAAAAAGGGGAGUAGACUUGAUUGAAAGCAAAGCUGUGCCCAGAAGCCAGGCUCAGGGUAUUCUUGAGAGGUUUUAUAGAGCCCUUACAAAUAAAAAUUAGUAAAACUUUAAAAUCUUCCUUGUCUUCAUCAAAUAGUUUUUCCCCUAGUCUACAAAUUGCAUGAAAAGGAGUUUGUAUUUGGAUUGCUUUGUUUCUUGAUAUUUACACUGUUGUGUGCUGUCAAGUCAGUUCUGACUCACAGCAAUCCUAUAGGACAGAGUAGAACUGCCCCGUAGGGUUCCAGCGGGUGGCUGGUGGAUCCAAACUGUAGACUUUGGAGCUCCUGAGGAAAUACAAGGAAGAGCUCCGUAUCCAGGCCACGCACUUUGCAAGGGUCUGUAUAGAAGGUGGGCUGCUGUGCUGGCUGGCCCUGAGGCUGUGGCGGCCCUGUGGGAGGCUUUGUUUCUGGCCAGGAGAGGUGAACCUUCUGCAGACCUGGAGGGCAGCCACAAAGGACUAUGUUAAAAUAGGUGGUCUUCCAGGUGCACCUUUUUCGUCAUUAAACCAGUCUUGGUCCUGGACAUUUGCCAUUGAAGUACUUGGACCAAAAAGCAGUUUUUAAAAAGGGUUUGUGAAGAGAAAGCCCAAUGUGAUAUGUGUAUUUAUGUGGACCUUAAAAGCAGAUUCUGUCUAGCUGUCAAAUCUGGUUCCUGGCCGUCCUGCCCCGAUUGUACUUAAGAUCUGGAAGGACAGACGGGGGUACCUUCAAAGGUAAAACCCCAAAGGGAUGUUUUGUAUCCAUGUGGGCGCUGGAGAAGAGAGUAUAUAUAGUUAAAGAAAGCACUCCCGCCUUCAGCGCUGUCUGCCUAAAGCCCUCCCCCACCCCACGCCGUCCCCCACUGACCAGCCAUACCGCACCGGCCCCCACACUUGGCGCACUAGCCACCCUUGCAAACAUCGUCUAGCUUAGUUUGAAAUACGUCGCAGGGUUCAGGGGACCUUUCCAAAAACUACCUCCUCAGAAUGAGGAAACAAAUAUCUAUUUUAAACUUAACAGUCAGGGGCUCCGGAACAUGAGGGUGGUUUGAGACUCUAGCUUGGACCGCAGUACUCGUUUGCCCUAGAGGACAUCACGUGUUCAAGCGGUGAACGUGUAGCACCGAGUGUCUGCAUGUCAGUGCAGGUGGUGCCGCAAUCGACUGGGGUACCUUCCAGAAUCUGAACCUUGAAUCGGCUGCAUGGUGGCACAGUGGUGAAGCACUCGGCUGAUAAUCAAAAGGCCGGCAGUUCGAAUCUACCAGCCACUCUUUGGGAGAAAAAUGGGGCAGGCCUGCUGUGUCCUUUGGGGUCGCUGUGAGUCAGAAUCAACUCAAUAGCAACGGGUCAGACUUGCCAAGACGGUGCGUCUUCAUCACAAGUUGGCCAUGGCUUUGUCACAGGCGUAAGUCUUCGUACAGAUGCUGCCCCUCUAGGAGGGUAGGUGGCCACCCAUCUGCAAGAUCCCCUUCUUGGUCCAGGUUGGCAUUGUAAGUGCUCGAGAACCAUCAGUCCUCUGAGACUAGCAUGCUCCAACCACGAGGCUAGAAAAGCCACAGCCGGAGAUGGAAGGCUCCUGUGAGCAUGAGCAGGUCACACAUCAGCGUGGUGUAGGCAAGGCUCUGGGAGAUACCUUGACAAUUUGCCAAAUGAUCUUACUGUGCCUUCAUGAUGCAAUAAAAAAAAAAAAAGCUAAACUUUUAGCAGAAAUCAGUGAUUUGUAAGAGAGCAGGCACUCUGGCUUCACUCCGCUGCAUUAGUAUUUUUUAGAGUGCAACUUAACCUGCAAAGAUAAAUGCACUAAAGAGUUUAUAGCCAAAAUCACAUUAAAAAAAUGAGAAAACGAAGGUCAGUUUUCAGUGAACAAAACUAUUUUUUUAAAGCACAUUAAUCCUUAGUAUAGUCAGAUAUAUUUAUCACCUAGAGCAAUUAGGUUGAAAAUGUAGUGAAGUGACAUUUCUAGAGAAAUUUUUCUACUCCCAUCGGUUCUUCAAGCAUGGAACUUUUAUGCCACAGGCGAGUUUGCAGGCAGGUUAGACCUGAGUUCAGGCUGGAGUCCUGCGCGUCAGACUUGGUGAGAAUGGUGGGUGAAGCUCACGGCCAAGUGCAUCUUCACCAUCUCCAGGCACCGCUGCCAGCCUUGGCGUGGGUUUUUUCUGAGUUUGAAGUGUAAUCUUGCUCCCCAGGACUGUGUGCGAAUUAAGCAUUAAGCGAAUUAAGGACUGUGCUGCUGCUGCUGCUCCUCCCCCAGCAGACCAGCCAGGUAGGUCUCUGGAAGCAUCCAUGCCAAGGGUGUGACAUUUGCAGUGACUGACCAGGUGGAGCGCCCUCCGUGUGUGAUCCUGGUUGGACUGGAGCAUCGCAGCAUCCCAGUGUCCUUAGGUUGCAGCCUGAGGGGGGCCUGCGGAGGUGGUGACCUGCCUCUUGGCCAGAGGACAGUGGAGUGGUGGUCAGGGUCCUGGGGCUCCAAAUUGUUAGCUCUGGUUCAGUCGGAAGACUGGUAAGGUGUUCUGUCAAGUCAGUACACUGGAGAGUAAGCUGUGCUUUGUUGUUUUCAGAGAACCCAUUGUUCUCACUUCUCUUUGGGCAAAGACAUUUGAAAUUGAAAUUCAGUCCUAAACUCUGUCAGUUGCAGAAAGGGUACUAUUUGUAAGGUGGAAGAGAACAAGAAGUUAAGUCCAGAAAUCUUAGAUUAAGGUAGCAGUGCUUUAAAAAACCACAUAGGGACAGCUAGUCCCCACCUCAGUGCAGUGAGUGAAGCCCAUCUUUUGUUUCAGGAUAUACAACCCCAACUGAUGAUUGAAUCACCUUCAUUAAAAUCCUGGGCUUUGUUUAGCUGUUUCAACUAAUUACAAUGAUAAAACUCACUGUUGUGCAGGAGGGCACAGUCUUUCUUUUUUUUUUUUGAAGAAUUCUGUAGAUUGAAGUUCUCUUUGAAAACAAAGAACUGAAAUGUUCAUUCAUGCUAGUAUAAAAAAAAAAUGGUGCAAACCAUUUGCUUGUCCUGAAGGCUGCCAGCACGUCAGUGCCCCACCACUGGCUGUCCCUGUGGCGCCCUGCCCUCCCCUGCCCUGCCCUGCCCUGCCCUGCCACGGGGGGUCGGAUGUGAAACCCACAGAAAACACGCAGGGAAGGUGACGUCUCCAGGGUGGAGCGGGGUCAGCAGUGGGUUGCUUCGCCCCGGUCUGGUUUUGAAAAUGACUAUGUUGCAUUUCUGUGUGAAGCCUUUUUUAGCCCACGUGUGUUUGGGUGGUAGCAGUCACAUAGGAGGGAACUUCAGUCUAGCAUAAGCAACAGAGCUCACAGAUGAGGCACAAACGUAGUGAAAAUGGACCAAAAUGGGGCGGGUGGGGGGAUAGAUGUGAGGGUGGGAGAUAAACUCUAAUUACCUGAGAUACAGUGUAAGAGUGCAAUAAGUGUGCUUUUUUAUUCUAAGCUGUGAACGGUUUUUUAAAAAAUCAUUCCUUCCUGAUACACCUGUGUAUGUUCGUAGCUGAGGCCAGCUAUGUAAACACAUCAUAGCUUGUCAUUCACGUUGUUACCAACACCCAGCGGCUGACCUAUGUCUUAUUUAUCUUCUUGUUUAGUUUACAUAGGGGUGUGUGUGCGUGUGUGCUGUGCCCUCCCCCCGUGUGACAUCCUGUGUCCUCGGCCACACCGCACGUAUGGCCCCAGUCAGGCCUUCGUGGCACCACCUGUGUGAAGGACGGAUCAGAGUGACUCAGGUUAGCAGUGACCACUCUGACCCUUCCUCACUCAGCAGUUGCUGCUUCUGCUAAAACGGGAGAGGACAACAACCAGGGCUCAGCUCACUGCUGGCUGACACCGGGCCAAGUUCCCUUCAGGAGCUGCAGUGGCUCUGUGCUUUGGGCCCAGAAAGAGGAGAUUGCCCCCUUUUCAUGCACUUCUCCUCAGGGGGAGAGCAGAGGGGGCAUCCGCCCCCCCCCCCCCCGCCUGUGCCGGCAGCCGUGAUUACUGCCCCAGCAAGUCACAGACACACUUCACGGUGAUUCACCUCAGCCCCGCUCAGCGGCCAAAAGAGCUCGUGUGUCGGGCGUGUGCCCAGGGAACAGGUGGAACUUUUUACCUGUCCACAGACUGUACCUGCUUUGCAAAAAUUACAAUGGAAUAACUAUUUUUAAAGCUUAUUUUUCAAUUCAUAAAUAAAAGGACCUUUAUUUUCAGUUAAAUGGAUGACGUCUCCCUCUUGUUCUGUAAUCUUCAAUGUUUGCUUGAGCCCUUUUUUUCUUUUUUUUUUUUUAAUUCUUCCCAUCCCUACUUCCUGAUACUUUGGUUCUCUUUCCUGCUCAGGUCCCUUCAUUUGUACUUUGGAGUUUUUCUCAUGUAAAUUUGUACAAUGGAAAAUAUUGUUCAGUUUGGAUAGAAAGCAUGGAGAAUUAAAUAAAAAAAGAUAGCUGAAA